AUGGCCGCUGAUUCAGGAAUGGAGACGUGUCCCUCCCCGGAGAUUGCGGACUCCAGAAAGCGGCCGCUCGACUGCGACGCGGAGAACGGCGCGACCAAGAGAUCACACUACGGAUCAGGAGGAGAUGGAACGUAUCAUCUCAAAGUAUUGGUUCCCGGUGUGGCGGCCGGAGCUAUUAUCGGAAAAGGUGGAGAUACAAUUGCUCAACUUCAAAAGGAUACAGGGGCAAGAGUAAAGAUGUCUAAAUCGCACGAUUUUUAUCCGGGUACUACUGAGAGAGUAUGCCUUAUUACAGGCACCGUAGAUGCUAUUAUGGAAGUCAUGGAGUUCAUCAUGGACAAAAUACGCGAGAAGCCUGAUCUUACUUCGAAAACUACGGUUGAUUUUGACUCUGGUAAAGCCACUGCGGAGAGGGACAAGCAGGUUAAAAUUUUAGUGCCUAAUAGCACUGCUGGGAUGAUAAUAGGAAAAGCUGGAAAUUAUAUUAAACAAAUUAAAGAAGAAUCUGGCUCGUACGUUCAAAUCAGUCAGAAGGCUAAGGACUUGUCUCUUCAGGAGCGAUGUAUAACAGUGAUUGGUGAGAAAGAAAAUAAUCAUAGGGCGUUACACAUGAUCUUAGCGAAAGUGGCGGAUGAUCCACAAAGCGGUACCUGUCUUAACGUCAGUUACGCGGAUGUAAGUGGUCCUGUUGCCAAUUACAAUCCUACAGGCAGCCCGUAUGCUCAAGCUCCCACAAGCACUCCUACGUAUACAUCUACGGCUGGUCUAAAUACAGGUUAGUUAAAGUGUCUUUUAAUAAUUCUCUUAAAUGGCGCUGGUUUGAGUCUUAAUCUAAAUCUGGGCGCGGCUAUCACCGCUGGCACGGCGCCGGUGACGACGCAGUUGUUAGAACACAUAAAGCUGAAUCUACGUACGACAGGUUUUUCCGAGCCUGCUGCUACGGAGAUACUUGCUGCGAUCGCGACUCUUGCUAAGUACAAUAUCCUCGGGAUGGGGAUCGGAAUGCCGUCGAGUAUGAGCUAUUUGGGCAAUCCAAUGGACAGUACGACAACUGCUAAUGGCUCGAACAACAAUGGCGGUGUGUUCGGACCGAUCGGAACCGUUCCUGCGCUCGGGUCUACCUCGCCGACUCCGCGCAACACCCUUGAUCGGUACGAGCCGUUUGAUCCAUUCCGACAGAACAACACCGCCGCCAAUGCGAUACACCUGAACAACAAUUCGUUCGGCCUGGGCACUAACCAGUUAUCACUUGUAAGUAAGAGUCCUACACAGGUAGACGCCAACAACAAGGAGACCAAGAAAGUAGACAUAGAAAUUGCAGAGGUUAUAGUGGGAGCUAUUCUGGGACCCGGUGGUCGUGCCCUCAUUGAGAUUCAGCACUUAAGUGGCGCCAACAUACAAAUCUCUAAGAAGGGCAUGUUCGCCCCUGGUACCAGGAACCGCAUAGUGACUAUCACGGGUUAUCCUAAUGCAAUCAACACUGCUCAGUACUUGAUCGAGCAGAGGAUCAGUGAAGAGGAGGCGAAACGAGCGCGUCAGAAUGCCAUCGCCAGUAUGAUCCAUUGAUUUCAAGUAUAGCACUCUUGUUCAUCGCCAUUAUUGAGCUCCGUUGUUCACCUCUUCAUAUCUUGAGAAAGGAGACACGCCCGGCCACGACGGUUUUUCCUCUACUCCUUUUUGACACUCCCCCCCUACACACACAUACACACAUACACACACAUACAUACAUAUAUAUAUAUACACAGAUACUCACACACUUCGUCCAUCGCCAAUUUACCGCCCAUUGUCAUCUAUCGCGCUGCGUUGUCACUAUAGCGCUUACAUUGUCGCAUCAUUUACGUUUAUACAUUCAUCAUGGCUCGUCAACAUUUAUCUAUUUUUUAAGAUAAUAAUAGUGUGUGUGCGUGUAUGUGUGUAUGCGUGCGCGCGC